CGAAAGAGGAGGAGCAGCUGCCGAGGCAGUGGCGAUAGCGGGGCCGGGCCGGGGCCGGGAAGGAGCUCGAGAGGUGGCUGCCGCCUCGGGCGCCCAGGAGCCAGGCUGCCUGUGAACUGAAGGCUGGCGGGGGGCUCCUGACGCCCCAAGAGCCCAUGGAAGGCAAGGCUGCUGAGCAGAAGCUGGGGCUCGGUGGGCUGCGGGCGCUAGGGGUCCCCACCAGGUAGGCGGGGCCGCCGCUGAAGGGUGGGGAGGGAGUGCCCAAGAGGUUGGGCGCUGAGCACGCCGCUGCAGCCAGGGAGAAUCCCCACAUUGCCCAAAGGAAGACGAGGAAGGCGGCCGCUGGGCUUGGGGGCAGUCCUAGGGGAACAGUCCGACAGCAGCCGGGGUCGCCGGUGGCCGGGCGCCUGGCCGUGGGGCAGUACCCGAUGCAGAGCCGGGAAGGUGGCCCUUCAUUAGCUUGCGAGUCGCAUCCUUGGCUGUCGCCCGCCAGGGCCAGGCUUGUCCUUGCAGCUGCUGCCCGCAUUGAGACCUGGGCCGGGGCUGCCCUCCGCUGACAUCAUGUACACCUUCGUGGUGCGCGACGAGAACAGUAGCGUCUAUGCCGAAGUCUCCAAGCUGCUGCUUUCGACUGGACAAUGGAAACGGCUGAAGAAAGACAACCCCAGGUUUAACCUGAUGCUAGGAGAGAGGAACAGGCUGCCCUUUGGGAGACUGGGUCAUGAGCCUGGUCUUAUACAGUUGGUGAAUUAUUACAGAGGGGCCGACAAACUUUGUCGAAAAGCUUCCUUAGUUAAGUUAAUCAAGACAAGUCCUGAAUUGACAGAAUCAUGCACAUGGUUCCCAGAAUCCUAUGUGAUUUAUCCGACUAAUCUCAAGACUCCUGUGGCCCCAGCAUCGCCCUCGAAGAAUGGAAUCCGCCAUUUGAUAAACAAUUCAAGGACAGAUGAAAGGGAAGUCUUCCUUGCCUCCUAUAACAGGAGGAAGGAGGGUGGGGAGGGCAACAUAUGGAUAGCCAAAUCUUCGGCAGGUGCCAAAGGUGAAGGCAUUCUUAUUUCUUCAGAGGCUACAGAACUUCUGGAUUUUAUAGAUAACCAAGGACAAGUGCAUGUGAUUCAGAAAUACCUUGAAAAACCUAUGCUUUUAGAGCCAGGUCACCGCAAAUUUGAUAUUAGGAGCUGGGUUCUAGUGGAUCACCAAUAUAAUAUCUACCUCUACAGAGAGGGUGUGCUUCGGACCUCUUCAGAACCAUACAAUAUCACUAAUUUCCAAGACAAAACUUGCCAUCUGACCAAUCACUGCAUUCAAAAGGAGUAUUCAAAAAACUAUGGGAAAUAUGAAGAAGGGAAUGAAAUGUUCUUUGAGGAAUUCAAUCAGUAUCUAAUAAGUGCUUUGAACAUUACUCUGGAAAAUAGUAUCUUAUUACAAAUCAAACAAAUAAUAAGAAGCUGCCUUAUGUGUAUAGAGCCUGCAAUCAGCACCAAACAUCUUCACUACCAGAGUUUCCAGCUCUUUGGCUUUGACUUCAUGGUGGAUGAGGAGCUGAAGGUCUGGCUCAUUGAAGUCAAUGGGGCUCCCGCAUGUGCCCAGAAACUUUAUGCAGAGCUUUGCCAAGGUAUAGUGGAUAUAGCCAUAUCCAGUGUCUUUCCUCUCGCUGACACAUUGCAAAAGCAGAACCAACAGGCUGCAUUUAUCAAGUUAUGAUGGAGAGAUGAUCAAAGCAACGCAUAUGAGAGAACUACCGCACGUUGGACUUUUGGGGGGCAGGAGGGAGGGUAAGUGGGGGGGGCAACAGAGAUUAUUGGAUUGUUUGAAAUCAUGCCAAAAAUGGGAGAGAAGUGGAUUUUUUUAUCUGCAAAGGAAGAAGAAAACAAAAACAAACACUUUCAAGGAGAAUCCAGGAUGAGCCAGAGUUGUCCAGAACUCUUGCUCUAAACACAGCUCAUACGACUUUUGAAAACUGAAGCAAAUCUCUCUGGGAGGACAGCAAAAUAUUACUUUAAAAAUGAGGAUUCAAUAAUUUUAUGUUCUCAUCCUUUUUUAAAAAAAAAAUCUUAUUUUUACUAAUAAGGCAACUUUGUGAACAGCAUCUCUUCCUCAGGGACCCAGUGAAGCUUGGUCCUUUUGUUAAUGUGUAAGUUCUUUCCACCUGCUGCAGUCUUAGUGCCUUAGCUCAGUUCCCAAUAGGUAACUCUUCUAUUCUUUUCAAUUAAGAAAAAUCUGUCUUGCUCUGGGAACUAGGAACUCCUCAGAGCAUGAAUUUUGGUUACUGACUCUGCUAUACCUCCUUUAUCCCCCUUCCUUGUGCCCUGUCCUCCUGGUGCCUGUUGAAAACCUGAAAGGAACAAACACCAACUGACCUGAGCUUAGGAAGAGGAUCCAAGCUAAGAGAUGAAGAGGUUUUGUAAUAAGAUAAGGAUCACUAGUCAAUUAGAAUUUCCUUAAUGGGGAGAUGGAAAAGUGUUGAGAUUGUCUCAAUCUGACCUGUGGGUUUAAGGAAAAUUAAUUGAACUCUUAGUUCUAAUUCCUUUUUAAAGUUAUCUACCCUUUCCCCCAUCCCCCACCUGACCAGUACCAGUAAUGAACAAAAAAUGGCAUCCUCUCAUUUCUUACCAGGUUGUAUGUGUUGAACUCUGAUUUGUUUUUAUUAAGCUACUUAAGAUCUUUAUUUUAAACUGUCUUAUUGAGGUAUAUUGUCAAGAUCCCAUUUUAAUGAUUUUCUUUCGAAAUUUUUUUUAAAACUCCCCUCCUUCAGUAAUGUUUUCUGCACUUUGAAAAGGAGAUAUCCUUCUUCCAGUGAAUUUGUUCCUACUCUUCCAACAUGUCCCUGAAUGUCCAGGUCUGGGGCUCCCCUCUCCAUGACCUUUUCUUUACCUUUUCCUCCUUGGACUCUGAUGCAUUGUUCAGUUAGUCCUGGCUAGCUAGCCAUCUGUACUGCAAAGCACUGUAGGAACUGCUAUUGGUGGUUGGUGAGUCACCUGACUGGAGCAGUCUCCUUUGGAAAAGGUUGGGGAGGGGGACUUUCAAAAGUCCACAUGGCACAUAAGGGAUUUUCCCUUUCCAGUCUCUCCUCCCCCACCCUCUUGUUUUUCUUUCCUUUUUAAGUUAGCUGUAUUUUGGAUUUAUAAAGCUGACUUUGUCCCUUUUUAUGUUUCCUCUCUUUGGAGGACACAUCAGGAGACCAAAUGAAUAGCAGGUUGGAAGUUUUGAGAUCAUAUUUGUCUUUAAUGUGUCAUCAUUCAUGCACUUAGAAUGUCAGGGAUAAAGACCAGCAAAGAGACCUUUUUGAUGUCAUUUAGGAAAUGACAGGUUUCUGCAAAUGGUCUGAUAAGAAUAUGACCCUCCUCUUACAGUAUCAUGAAAUGUUUUUUCCAUAGCUGUUGUGCAGUACUAGGUCUGAGGCACGCCGUAUCUCUCUUUCAUUCUUGGCACAAUAAAACAAACUCUACAAUGAGGGAGUUUUUUAAGUAGCAGAAUUUGAACACAUGAUAGUGAAAUGUUGCAUUCAGAAGGAACAAGAGUUAUUUGAUAGAAGUGAUGUCCAGUAUUCAGCAAUGGCAUGUUUACUGAAUUGCUUGGAAUACAGCCUAAUUGGGUCAAUUCCCAUAGGGAUUUGGGAUUCAGAAACCAGGCACCCACUGGUUGUAAAAAUAAUGAAGCACUUGUAUUCUGGAGAGAAACAAAAUCAGUCCUAAUAAAAGUAUAUCUUGGAGGCUAUAAAGAAGCUGUUUGAUUAAAUAUUUGAACCUGAGGCAUUUUGGGGAGAAAGAAACACGCAGAGUCUUAAACUGGUCCUUCACCUUUAACUUCUCUCUCUUUGAAGUGGUGAUAGUGGUGGUCAGUCUUGUACAGCAUAACGAGACUGGUAACCAGAACAAGUACUGAUAUAUUGCUCUAAAUUUUGUGUUUUUAAUUAACAAAUGAUUUUCUCUCUCUCCCACACCCUACCCCAUCAGAGGGGAAAACCAAAACUAGAUCAGAUUCCUUCUAAAAAAUUUCAUUGUCAGGCAAAACUAAUUUUCUCAUAGAUCAUAUCUUAAAAAUAUGUCUUCUUCUGCACCCUGAGUCCAUUGCAUGAUUCAUCAUCGGUCUUCUGCAGGAGUAUUAUGAGACUUAAAUAAGAUAAUGAAUAUAAAAUACUUUGCAAACCUUAAAACUAUAUAAAUGCCAGUUAGUACUAUUACUACUACCACUACCACUAUUACAAUUAAUUAACCUACAGUCACCAGGCCUCCAGUCAGGUGAUAUCUUUAUUCCCUGAGCUUUCUAUUUUACUCCUGCUGAGCUCCAACAAUGAUUAUAGAACAAUACUGGGGCAUGCAGUUAAAUGUAAGUAAGUUACUAACAACCAGGUUCUCCAGUUUAAAAAAAAUUUAUGCAAACCCACUUUUAGAUUUAAUCUGCAUUGUUAACACUUUCUUAAGUCCAAACAAUCUACAGAGCAAUAAUAACUCAAGCUCUGAUUUGUAGGAUUGUUGAUUGCUUAGGUGGAAAUGCCCAAACUGAAAAUUUAACAUUGGCCUUUUCAAGUCGACUCCAGCACAUCCCUAGUCCUCUGGAAUCAUGGGUAUUCAUUGCAUAUUUUUAAACUGCUAUCAAAAGUCCGUUAUCAGUGGUUUGAAAAACUCCUUUGAACAUGUGCCUCCAGAACAUUUAGGAAUUUUUUUAACCCUGAUAAUAAAUGUAGACCUUACUCAGAAUGCAGAUGAAUUUGAGUCCAUUCAUGCAUCUUGGAUGCUUCCCAGGGAUUCUGAUUCAAAAGCAUAGAUCCCUAAGAAAUGAAUUGGGUUCUGUGUUUUUCUUUUGUUAAAUCACACCUUGCUCCGUAGGUGGUUUUAAGUUUAUAAAGAUAGCUGCAUUUCAGAUUACACAAGCAUUCCAAGGCUUAGUACUGGGACAAAGGCAUAGCCACCUCACUUUGUAAACCUUAUUCUGAAUAACCCAAUCCGUAAAUGCAGGAGGUAGUAUAAUCUAGUGGAAAGAACACUGAACUGGGGAUCAAGAGACUGGGGCUCCAGAUCCGAUUCUAUGCUUAUCAGGGUGAUGUUGCAUUAGUCAGUUUCUCUGUGCCUUAGUUUCUUUACUUGUGAAUUAGGUCGUUACCACCUCAGUCUACCUCAGGGGGAUUUACUGAGGGGAAAAAAAAUGCCUUGGAUUAUUCAUAAAGAAGACAGACACAUUAACAGCAGAGGACAAGGAGACAAAUCUGUUUAUAUUAAGGAUAGUUAUUUGUUUUAAGUAUGGCUUUGUGCCUUAAAUACCAGUGUCAGCAUAGGCAAGUAUUUGAGCCUAGGUCUCUGCUGUGAAAUUCAUACAUUUGUGGAAAUUAAAAUGAUUUUCAUUUACUCAUGACAAUUAAUGGCCUUAAGGCAGAAUACUUUACUAAAAACAGAUGAUUAGCUGUGAUGAGUAUAAAGAUGCAAAUUUAUGAAAUUACGUUUUAGUUUUUAGUUGUGGCAUAUAAAAAUCAAAUGUGGUAUUUAGUGUGAAUAGUAGGAAUUAUCUUCCAUGCUUAUAGAUGCCUCUUUCCCAGUAUGUUAUACUAAAGUCUGCCCUCACAAUAAUAUUGCACUGCUAGUUGCCAUUUCCUUAAAAGAAUUAUGUUUACACUUGAGGGGUAUAGUGGCCAACUUUGUCAGAUAUUUAAUUGUAGGAGAGUGGCAAAAGAUUUUUUCAUUAACUUUUCUAAAUGUCAGCCAGGAAAGUACUCAAUCAUUUUGUGAUGGAGAGACUCUAGCACUACUGGAUUUAUUGUAAUAAAGAUUCUGAUUUCUAUUCAUUGCUGCUAGGCAAAGAUGAGUUUAAAGAGAAUGGUCACAAGGGGCAGCUAGAUGGCACAGUGGAUAGAGCACUGGCCCUGGAGUCAGGAGUACCUGAGUUCAAAUCCGGCCUCAGACACUUAAUACUUAACUAGCUGUGUGACCCUGGGCAAGUCACUUAACCCCAGUUGCCUCACUAAAAAAAACAAAACAAAACAAAAAUUUAAUAUAAAGAGAAUGGUCACAAAUAGUGACUAAAGUGGAUUUUAACUGAUUAUUUUCUCCCACAAUCCAUUCCAUUGGAGGAAAGAAUACUCAAAAUCAAACAAAUUCCUUUGAAAAAAUAUCAGUCGUACAAAACUAAAUCUCUCAUAAGUCAUAUCCAAAACAUUUUAUACAUGUCUGUGUAUGUAUGUAUGUCUACUACACACACACGUAUAUUGUCUCGUUCUACAUCUGAGAUUUAAUUUGAUAAAUUGAUCACUUUUUAGACAUUGGAACUGGAGAGAGUUUAAUUUGAUAAACUGGAAAUAGCUUUCUUAUCUCUACAUAUGUAUGUCUAAAGAGAAAACAGUUUAGUAUAUUGAUAGACCAUAGGUUCAUAGAUUUGGAGCUAGAAGGGGCCCUUAGAGGGCAGCUAGUUAAAUUCCCUUCUUGCAGAUGAGGAAACUGACUUCCAGAAUGGAGUGACUUACCCAAGGUCACACAGUGGUUAUUUUUAGAUCUUAAGUUCCAACUCUGUGAGCAAUAAAGACCUGGGCAUCAAGGAAACAACAGACUAUCAACAAAUACUUAUUAAGUACUUACUAUGUGCCAAGCAUAAUGCCAAGUACUAGGUAUACAAAGACAAAAGAAAAAGUCCUAGCCCUCAAGAAGCUUACAUUCUAAUGGG